CUACUCCUAGACUUCCUAUGCAGCUGCACAGGAUCCUAUUCAGGUUCUGCAUUAGCAAACUAUGCAGCGGGACUAAGAGCAUGGCACCUUUUACACGGGAGAGAGUGGUUGAUCCCGCCCAAAGAGUUAAAGGCAGUACUAGACGGGGCAACUGCUUCAGCUCCAGCGAGUUCCAAACAACCAAAACGGUUACCUUUCACCCCGAACUCUUUAGCUGCCAUCCAGGACCAACUCGACCUGAACUCACCGCUCAAUGCAGCCAUAUUCGCUUGCCUAACCACAAUGUUCUAUGCGUAG